AUGGCUGGACCACAAGACGCCAACGCAACACCGACUACAGCAGGUCAAGCGAGAGCCUCACCGGGACGUGGACCAUCUCCAGCGAGUUCGCCUCGUGCUGCCGCCGUCAUUGAAGAUGCGCAGGCCCACGGAAGGGGCCGGCAGGAAGACAAGAUUUUUGCCAUGCUCGAUGCGCUCUCGUAG